AAAAAGAGGGUGGAGAGGGGCUGGGAUGCUACAGCACUCCUGUGUGGUCUCUCUCUCUCUCCCUCUCCGGUUCCUCCCUCUCUCACAUUCUCUCCAAGCCUAUGAACAGGCGAGGGCCCUUCCUUUCUUACUACACACCCAGCGGGGCUUUAAAAAGGCAGGUCUAUCUCUCUCCCUCCGCUUCUUGCCUUUUUUUUUUUUUUUUUUUUUUUUUUUUUUUUGGGUGUUCUUUGGCGUUUGCCUCUGAAAAAAACAAUCCGUGCCAGCCUCUCCGGUCUCCGGGUCACAUCACACCAGGGAUGCAGACGCCACAACGGAGGCCCCGCAACCUCCCACUCAUCCUUCUGGGAACCAUGCUGCUGGCUGCAGAUUGGGCUGCUGUGGAGAGCCAAGUCCAGUACGAGCAUGAAAGAGAACCAUCCUACUGGGAUACGCGGGCAAAGGCGACACUGGAUGCUGCGCUGAAGCUCCGCCCCCGGGAGCACCGGGCCAAGAACAUCAUCCUAUUCCUCGGAGAUGGGAUGGGCGUGGCCACCGUGUCAGCAGCUCGGAUUCUGAAAGGCCAAAUGGAGGGGAACGCGGGGGAGGAGACAGUACUGGCGAUGGACACCUUUCCGUAUGUGGCACUUUCCAAGACCUACAGUGUGGACAAGCAGGUAGCAGACAGCGCGAGCACGGCUACAGCCUACCACUGUGGCGUCAAAGCCAACGCUAAAACGGUGGGGCUGAGUGGCCGCGCGGUGGCCUACGAGUGCAACACUACCUUUGGAAACGAGGUCUACUCCGUACUGCGACGUGCUAAGGCCGAAGGUAAAUCCGUGGGUAUUGUGACCACCACCCGGGUGCAGCACGCCUCCCCGGCCGCGGCUUACGCCCACUCGGUCAGCCGCAGCUGGUACAGUGAUGCCGACCUUCCGAGCAGCGCCCGCCACCAGGGUUGUGUGGACAUCGCUACCCAGCUGGUCACCAACGUCGACAUUGAUGUGAUCCUGGGAGGAGGGAGGAUGUAUAUGACACCAAAAGGCACUUCGGACCCUGAAUACCCAACCUCCAACUCUCGCAAGGGAGACCGCAAAGACCGAAGGAACCUUAUAGACGUCUGGUUAAAGGCUAAACCAAACAAGAACUCCCACUAUGUUUGGCACAGGAAGGAGUUUGAUGCGGUAGAUGUUAAAACGACUGACCGACUCAUGGGUCUGUUUGAGCCAAAGGAUAUGAGAUUUGAGGUUUUUCGAAAUGUCACCAGAGAUCCCUCCAUCGUGGAGAUGACGGAGAAGGCCAUUCAAAUCCUCAGCAAGAAUCCAAAAGGAUAUUUUCUGUUUGUGGAAGGAGGGAGAAUUGAUCACGGACACCAUGACGGCAUCGCCAAACUGGCACUGACGGAGGCUGUGAUGUUUGACCGAGCUAUUGAGCGUGCCUCGCAGCUCACUCAGGAGUCAGACACACUGACGGUCGUCACGGCCGACCAUUCUCACGUCUUCACCUUCGGCGGCAACACCCCCCGAGGAAAUCCAAUCUUUGGUCUAGUGCCAAAAAAAGCAGAGGACCAAAUGCCUUUCACCAGCAUCCUGUAUGCCAACGGCCCUGGUUACGUGCAUGUAAAUGGAACCAGAGGGAACAUCACGAUGGUGGAUUACUAUGACGAAGAGUACAUGCAGCAGGCCGCCGUCCCCCUCGACUCCGAGACACACGGCGGCGAAGACGUCGCCAUUUACGCCAGGGGCCCUAUGGCUCACCUCUUUCACGGGGUGAGAGAACAGAACUACGUGGCCCACGUCAUGGCCUACGCCGCUUGCUUGGAGCCCUACACGGACUGCCCGCCUCCGCCUCACUCCCACACAUCCGCCGGGUGCGUGAGCACACCCUCAAACCUAAUGUUUGGACUCCUGUGCCUUCUUUGGCUGUCCAGAUGACACCCGACAACCGCACCCACUUUACACAUCCAUAAUAAUGCAAGUACAUAGCGUGCAUGUAGAAGACGCUUUAUGCAAUAAUGCUUUAUACAGCCAACAAACACACACACACACACUGUCAAGUGUGGGUAUGGAGCCAGACCAACAGAUCACAGUAAACAUCCUGACAUCUCAUUUUUGAAAUGCAAGCAAACAUUCGGACAUUGUGCAAAUACGCAAACAAGAACAACAAACAGUACUAAGCGUUGCAAAUGUAGAGCUUUAUGUGCAUAUUUUAUUUAAAACACUAUUUUCAUUAUACGUUGGCAACAAAACUACCAACUUGCACAGAGUAGUUUGCUGUCUUCCAUUUGCCGGUUAGGUUUUUUCUCUCCUUUUCUCACCUUUCAGACCUUUUUAAGGAGCUGUAAUGUUGUUAUUGACACACCGAGAAUAACUUGAAGGCAGCAUGGAGGCAGAACUGUUCAGGACUGGUGCACAUGUUUGGACUGAAUUUUAGUACCGGACUCUGAACUAGGCGCCGCCAUGCCGUGCCAAGCUGUAAUACCAAUGGACCUUAAGAAUUUAUAAUAAUACUGUACGUUGAUACAGGUCUUUUAGGAGAAUGUAUCCGUUUUUAUGAAGUCGGUAUCCGGACCUCAGUGGCAUUUUUUUGUCUGUCCAAGUUACUGUCACUCUACUUUUCUAUUUGAAUUGUCUGCGAAUGUAUUUUAUAUGCAAGAUGUAUUUUUAUACACUGUUUUUGUAACAUUUAUA